CGCCAAACCCUGCCUUAGCGUAAACAGCGCUAACGGCGCUAAGAGGCCACAGUCGUCUGUCAGCUGAAAAGAGCGAGUCUGGGGCCAAAACAAGAGCACAGUUUCAGCCCUUUACUCGCCCGCUGUCGCAUUUUCUCGGAGUUGUCCCGUUUAGACGAUCAAUCAGGAUGAAAUUAAAACAGUAGUAGGACCCAGGUGAGCUGAGCUGUGGGAGCGGACGUUGCUCCCCCUUUCCCCCUGUGCCCCCCGUCCCCUGUGCCCCUGGACGGAUCAGACAUGACCACAGGGGAGUGUUGCCACCUCCCAGGCUCUCUGUGCGACUGCACUGGCAACGCUGCCCUGUCUAAGACCGUGGAGGAAUCGGACAAUCGCAGGGCGCAGUACGUCACGCAGGUCACGGCUAAAGACGGACGCUUGCUGUCCACCGUCAUCAAAGCCCUGGGCACACAGAGCGAUGGCCCGAUUUGUCGGAUCUGCCAUGAGGGGGGCAACAGUGAAGGGCUCCUUUCGCCGUGUGACUGCACGGGGACGCUGGGCACGGUGCACAAGAGCUGCCUGGAGAAAUGGCUAUCCUCCUCCAACACCAGCUACUGUGAGCUAUGUCACACAGAGUUCACCAUCGAGCGCAGACCCCGACCCCUCACAGAGGUAACAAAGUGGCUCAGGGACCCUGGGCCCAGGAAUGAGAAGCGCACCCUCUUCUGCGACAUGGUGUGCUUUCUUUUCAUAACGCCCUUGGCGGCUAUCUCUGGGUGGUUGUGUCUGCGGGGGGCUCAGGACCACCUGCACUUCAACAGCCGCCUGGAGGCAGUGGGUCUUAUUGCCCUCACCAUCGCUCUCUUCACCAUCUACGUCCUCUGGACUCUGGUGUCAUUCCGCUACCACUGUCAGCUGUACUCAGAAUGGAGACGAACCAAUCAGAAAGUUCGCCUGCUCAUUCCAGACGCCAAGGGUGCCCACUCGACCCAGCAUUCCUUGCUCUCCACUAAGCUGCUGAAAAAGACAGCAGACGAGACCAUCGUAUGAGAUCCAUGUUUUCUUCUGGGGCGGGUGGGGGACACGAUAAAGCAUUGUUAUUAGCGUGCUAAAGGCUUUCGAUGCACCCUGUCAUCGACGAGAGCCGCAGCACUUUUUGGAUGCAUUUUUUUCUAUUUAAUCCUUUUUAUCUAAAUAUGUGAGCACUUCUGUUUUUUUCCACCAGUUUAUUUUUAUUGUGUGUGGGUUUUUUGUUUUUCUUUGUUUCGAGCUUCUGUAUGUUGUUUUAUUGGUUCUAUUUAUUUGCUUAAUCAGCCAUAGGAAGGCCCCAGACCGUACAGUAUGCUUUAUGUUAAUGGGAGAUCUGAACGGUAAGAGUAUGGGAGAGUGGGUACAGCAUUGAGAGAGAGAGGUGAAAAGAGAAAGAGAGAGAAAUACAGGAAACCAGGGAAAGCUGCUGAAGCUUAGAACCAAACUUUCCUUCGUUUUCUUUCAAAUUUUAAAAAUAUUUUUAUUUUCGGACGAAACAUUGGUCGAGGCCAGUUUUGGAGCAUUUCAGCCCCUGUGGUUCUGAGUGAUGUAACUGAUGUAUAUUACAAAAGUUGAAAGCUGUUUUUUGUGCGUACACCCAUUUGCUUUUUUUUAUUAUUAUUUGAAUUUGGAAGUGUUACAGGACGACGGGCUGCUGCAGCUCGGGGGAUUGGGCUGUAAAAGAGCGAGGUGAAAGCACUGGACCUCUUGAACAUACUCCUACAGAGGAAUGAGCCUGUAAAAAGAGUGGGCAAUAAGAGACUGUCCUCUCACUUUCAGUAUGAGGUGCUGUACGGCCUCUGACAUGCACAGUAUUGCAUGCUGCGUGCAUAUUCUCUCUAAUUUUUCCUUUUUUUUUUUUUUUCUUUUUUUUUUUUUAAACCUUAUGAAGUUAGUGACUGUUAAAGUUGCUAUCUCGGAUGUCAUCUAUUGAUCAGCAUUGGCUAGAUUUUUUUUUAAAAAGGCGUCUCUCCAAAACACGCAAAGGAAGAAAAAAAAAAAACGGCAUGCAGUGGUCCUACAGUGGUAGCACUUAACAAUUAAUAAACAAAAACUUAAAGUAGCCUAGCUGUGAGCUGAUCAAAUGUAGACAUGUGUAUGCAUUCGGGAUUCAUUGGGAAAUGUACAAAACGCAUUGUUUUAACUUUGUAAAGAGAAGCAGUGCGUACGCAGUGAGUAUGCGUGAAGGCUCAGCACUUCAGUUCGUUAUUGUGACGUUAGAGUUGCGUUGACUCGUGACGACUCUUAUUGACUCUUAAUUUUGGCUCUGUUCCAGCUACCAGUGGCUGAUAAGACUGUGGCUGUGUGAAAGGGAAGGAUGCGUGCGUAGGUGUGUAUGCGUAUACACAUUUUUUUGUAUUAAGGUCUGUACUUUUGUGCUGUUUAAUAGUUUCUGGUGAGUAUAAAUGGCAGAGAUGUGGGGUGGCAUAGUUUUUAUGGUUUUUGUAGCAGUUUUACAUUGUUUUAAUAUGCAGUUUUUGGGGGGACAUUUGUCUGCAAACUGGGGAACAAUUGGACUUUCAUGCAUUCACUGUGUCGUUUGUCAUUUAUGUCAUUUAGACUUCUGCAUGAUGUGCAAAACAGUACCACCAACCAUCAGAGCUAACUUUUAAAGGGAAACCUCAUGUUGGAUUGAUUCGGAUGCAUAUUGUAUCUUCAUGAUUGAUUCUAGGCCUCCUCCUCCUCCUAAAGGCUUUAUGGACCUCUUGACCAAAGCAAGCAAGGCCUAUAUGCAGUUCAUGAGGGACCAUGUCUAAUGGAAGAACACUUUUCGGUCCCUGCUCUAAAAGCUUGGUAGCUUGGUAUCUUGUUACGUUGAAGAUGUCUGUCACUGAUAUUUACCCUGAUCUGCUCUCCUUUGACCAGAGAUGGACUGUGUAGAAUUGUGGAGGUCCAGAGAAAAUGAAACGUCCAGGAAUUAACACUAACAUUUCGGACGUGAUUUGUAAAUGUGUAUAGUCUGUGGAAGCCACUCAAGAUGCAUACAGUCCAGGUGUGAAUGAUGUGUGUAGUAUGUAUGUAUGUAUGUUUUAUGUAUGUUUGUAUGUCUGUAUCUCUCCUCUCACAAGUAGAGGUUCUACCAAGGGUCCUUUGAUUGAUGCCUUAGAUUUAUGGCAUUAUUAGUUUCAUAAAGGAGAUGAGAGAUAGGGAAAACAUUUUAAAUGUUUAAAGGGUUAUUUACCUAUUUAAAAUGUUCGUCAUACUCAAUUUCAGCCUCUUUUAUGAAUAUGGUUCUUUAUGAAACGAAGGAUGAUUUUUCUCUAGUGACUGUUAGGAAACAUGGAUGCUGGGCACAGAAAUGCUGAACUUAAGAUUCCUGAGAACCACAAGUUUAAAUAACGCACCGGCAUCUGUUGGCUGAUGUAGUGAAGCUGAGUAUUCAGUGCUUUCCUCAGAGCAAAUUGGGUGCCAAGUAAUUUCUAAUGAGUCAUGCAGUUAUCCUCAUUUUUCUAUAAUGUUCUAACUAUUGCCGGCAAUGGGGAAGUCUUGUGUCUGGUGAAGUUUUUGGGUAAAAUGGUUUAAAUAGAACAAAAAAACAGUGGGUUAUGCUAUAGGUCCAAUAAAAAUUGUAGUGUAGAAAUUAAAGCAAAAUAUUCAGACUUGUGUACUUUUUUCUUUAGUAAGUUUACACAGAAGUUUAAAUGUAUAAAUAUCACUUAAAUUCGCAGAAAGAGCAUGUUGCAGAUGACUGGUGUCAAUUCCUGAAUUCCAAAGUGUAACCCUGCCUUUUUUAAAAUUAUUUCUGUAUAAAAAAUGUGCCAGUGUUGGCACAGAAAAAAAAAAACAAAGCUGUGGUGGCUUCACUUUUGAGAUGCAUUGUGCUGUCCAUGUUUUCUACAGUCAUUGGGUUUUUCUACGGCAUCUCUCAAAGAACCUCUCUUUCUAGCACCUAAAUUAUUACAUUUUUGAGGGUGUGAGAGUCUGUCUGAGUGUGUGUUGGUGUGUGUGUAUGUUGGAUGUAAAUCUUCUAAUCGACUGCUGUGCUGGUUGGAUUAAUACGUACUACAGAUGGCUGGCCUGACCUCAGACCAGUCUGAGCAGCAGUUGACUUGUGCUGUGCCACAUAUGAAUGAGUUGAAACCAAGACAUAAAAAAAAGGUGCUCGCUUCCGUAGAUGAGGUAAAAAAAAAAAAAAAAAAAAGAUAAUGUAAAAAACCUAUAAUGUAAAUCAAGACCCUUCACCUUUUCAUAGUCCUGUUAGCACUGGUCACCUCCUCCACACCAGCGCAGUAAAAGUCACCUGCAGUUUAUUGUUUACUUUUCAGCUGUGAAGUGUCACUCAACACUCUAAAUCAAUCCUCUCCUCUGACAUUGGUGUAUUUCGGAAUAACGGCGUGCAAUAGAUAUACUACAAGCUUUUGACAUUUAAUUGUAAUUUUACUUUUUAUUUUAUUUUUCGGAAUGAUACAUGUUGGCAAAAACUCCUGUGUGUUUUUAUAAUCAUACCUUUUGCAGACGAAAUUGCACUUCUAAUGCCGAACACAGCAGAACUGCUCUCAGAUCAGCAGCUAAGUGCAUUUUCACCUGCUCUGAGUAACACUAUUUUAUUGGUGUGCCUCCAUCUAACAUAUUUGCCUUUUCCUUUUCCUUCUGGGACAUGUCCUGUUUUUUUUUUUUUUUUUUUUUGCAAUGUGGGGUGAUAAAAAAAAUGAAUAAAAAAAAGCUAGAGUGCAAUUUCAAUAAUAUUACAAUGCAAUUCUUACCUAUAACCUUAACAGUACACAUAAGAUUAUUAUUCCUAUAUAGAUGUAUAUGAAGGAUUAUAGGACUACAUUCACACAAGAAAAGGAAAACAGUGUUGGAUUUUUUUUUUUAAUUAUAAAUACUCCCAUGUUUAAUAGUUCCCUCCACUAUGCAAUCCUGCAAGUAUAGUUAAGAGUUAAGCAGCUGAGAGGGUACUGCUUUAACAUGAAUACAGCUGACCCAAUCUGUCUUCUUUUCACCUAAGAAACAUGCAUGCAUUUAUUGUAUUAUUACUAUUAUUUUUAUGUUUUUUUGUUUAGCCAUAUUGCACUUUCACAGAUUUGUGAUUGGAAAUGGUUUGCUCUUGCCUUUUCCAUAUUAUACAUUUCAGAGGGAUUAAAAAAAGUAAAAUAAAAAGCGCUCAAAGAUUCUAUCAAUCUCUGGAUUUGGACUAAUCAUAUUUAAGACCAAUCAUGUUCUUUUUUUUCUCUCUCUAAGAAAAAAUGAUAAGCAAUUGUAAACAUUGUACACAGUUUGUUUUUUGUUUUAUUUUAAUGUUGUUGUGUUUUAAUGUAUUCAUGUAUCAUUUGCAAUGGAUGUCUUCAUUUACUCAUCCAGCACGGGGUUUUAUCACUCAAACCCAUUUCUGAGAAACUGUAUGUUUAUGUAGUGCAGUGGAUAAAGAAAGGUGUGUCUGUAUUGUCCUCACCAAAAUAUGUUGGUGCUUGCAAUCAGCCAAGAAAAGUGUGCAAAGCAAAUUAAAAAUGAUGCUCUGGACUCGUUAA